AUGUUUUAGAUCGUCAAAGUGGAUUCAGGCAUUGAUGCAAAAUUAGAAUUCGAAAUAUCCAACAUAGUUAAGGGGGCUUAUGAAAGAUUCAAUAACCAGUUCGACAGAUCGAAAUAUAUCUCCGAUUAUUUGGAUGAAAGGUAUGGGGGAUGUUGGAGAGUAACAAUAGGAAAAUAAUUUACAAGUUGUGGAACCUACUAUUUGUCAUAAUUGUUAAGACUUAGCUAUCAAAACGAUUAAAUAGAAAUUGUUAGAACAUAGGGUGAUUCAGAAUUUGAAAUUAUACAAAGGGAUUUGGGAAUGAACUAAGCUGUUUUUGAUUCAAUUUUGGGAAUAAUUUCAAAUGCUUAACAAACCUAGAAAAACCUAUCCGCUCAAGUUGAGUAUAUUUCAGAAUGCGUGGAGUCUAAACAUGCUGGGAAAUGGGCUGUGAUUUGUGGGUAUGAUUUUAAUAGUCGAGUUCCUUAUGUUAAUAAUAAUUUAGUCUGUGUAGCCAAAAAGGGAAUCAGAUAUACAGUAUUAAUGAUAAGUAAAUGA